AUGGGUCUCCCGGUGUACAGGCCAGCAGCAGAGGCGCUGGCACUGCAGACUGCGACGCUGGUGGGACAAAAAGGGGGUGGGGGAUGGCCCUACACCCGCUUCCACACAUACAACCAACUUCCACAUUGUGUGCGAGGAGGCUUGAGAAAGAGGAUGGGGCUGCCCGCCUUCCGCCAGGCCCAGCCCGGCCGCGACCUCCUCGAGGACUUCCAGCGCCGCGAGCCCUACAAGUACCUGCAGUUCGCCUACUUCAAGGCUAAUAACCUUCCAAAAGCUAUUGCAGCAGCUCACACGUUUCUUCUGAAGCAUCCAGAUGAUGAAAUGAUGCAAAGAAAUAUGGCCUACUAUAAGAGCAUACCUGAUGCUGAGGAGCAUAUUAAAGACUUGGAGACAAAACCUUAUGAGAAUCUCUUUGUCAGGGCUGUGAGAGCAUACAACGGUGACAAUUGGAGAACAUCCAUCUCAGACAUGGAACUGGCUCUUCCUGAUUUCUUCAAAGCUUACGAUGACUGUACAGCAGCCUGUGAAGGCUCCCGAGAGAUCAAAGAUUUUAAAGACUUCUAUCUCUCCAUUGCAGAUCAUUAUAUUGAAGUCCUUGCAUGCAAAGUGCAGUGUGAGAGUAAUCUGACGCCCAUUAUAGGAGGCUUUGUUGUUGAGAAAUUUGUGGCCACCAUGUACCAUUACUUGCAGUUUGCUUAUUAUAAAUUGAAUGACAUGAAGAAUGCAGCUUCUUGUGCUGCUAGUUACCUUCUGUUUGACCAGAAAGAUGAAGUAAUGAAACAGAACAUGGUCUAUUAUCAGUACCACAAAGACAAAUGGGGACUUACAGAAGAAGAUUUUCAGCCCAGAUCGGAGGCAGUUCGAUACCACAACAUAACCACACUCCAGUUGGAAAUGUAUGAGUUCGCAAAGGAACAUCUGAUGGAUGAUGAUGAGGAUGAAGUUGUGGAAUUCCUUGAUGAGCUGUUAGAAGUAGAGGAGAAGAAGGAAUCCUGAUGAGUGGAAGCGCACCACAAAGUAUUUUACAAAAGUGAAGACUCACCAUUGCUCCUUACUAUUGUUUUUGGUCACCUGUAGUUUCAGUUAGAUAUACCUCAAAGCUGCUCCUUUAAACUCCUCCUUAUGUCACAAGACCCACUCCUGAAAGAUCACUUCCAUGCUGCACUGACCCUUCCGUGAGCGUGGCUUUUCACUGUGCAUUUACAGAAUUGGUGCAUAUGGGUUUUCCUCUUGAGCUUUCUGUCCUUUACAAAAAACACAACAAAGCAGACUAUUUGUAUUUUCUGGGCUGACACUAAGGUUCCUCAUUGCAGUGCUGUUCUACUAUGUUAUAACAGUACGGCUAAAUUCCAAAGAACUUUUGUUGGAUUAUAAACCAUGGAAGACAUAACAGUCCCUCUAGACUUUCUGAGCUAUGUAUUGUGUUAUUUAUAUAUGUCUUUUUC